CUUCGAGCCUCGUACCAUGUGCGUCCGCGAUCUCAAGCGCCUAGUGGCGAGAAAGCUGACAUCGCGACUGCGGGAAGAAGCCCAGCCAGGUGUACCAGCAGACACGAUUCAUCAUGAGAACGUAAUUCUUUUCGGCGAACAUCACCCUGAGGAGGAGGAAAAUUCAAAGUCGGCAAAAAACACUGAGAGCGAGGAGGAGGGGCAAGGUGAAGAUGCUGCAAUGACAAUGGAGGCGGAGAGAAACAGCGAGAGCGAUAAUUUUGUCUCGGAUCCGUUUGCGGAAGAUGUGACAAUGUUCAUAGAGGAUCGCUUUGCAGCUGACCAAUUAUGCUCUGAAGAUGUGG